AGACCCCGUGUGGAAUUUGCUCCAGGAUGAGCUGUGUGGCCAGGAUGCACUGUCACCUGCUACAACUGGACAAAUGUGGCACGCAUAGGGUAAAACGUAAACGUUGUAAAACCAAAAUCGUGUGUACCGUGAAUGGGCCUCAACUCCUCCAUCCCUACUCAGCGGCUCCUCUCUGUCCUUCCCUCGCAGGUGCUGUAUGGGGUAGUGAGACCCCUCUACAUAGAGCAGUCCCCUGCCCAGCCCUGGUGUGAGCCCCAGCCCAGGGGCUGUGGUUGGCAGCCAGCGCAGCCCCACAGGGAGGGUUUGCUUGCAAGGAUGGGCAGAAGAGGCUGGGAGAAAGGCCUGCCCUUCACCAGCAGUGCGCCGGGCUAAAUAUAGCCCCCAGCCCUGUGAGGAAAUCCUGCUGCAUUAUGGAUGAGAUUUGCAAUAAACCCCUGCUUAUCAAUAGGGAGGAAGGCUGGCCGGGCAGGAGGGCAGCUCCUGCGGGAUGCAGGCGAACAUGGCAGGGCUGACAGGGACUGUGGGGCUGGCUGAAGACCCAGGCACCCUGUGCCUUGGUGGCUGCCCGUGGUGCUCCUGCUCCUCCUCUGCAGGCCCCAGCCACUGGAAGGAGCUGAAAGCCACAUGUGGUGGCAGCAAGCAGUCCCCUGUGAACAUCGACAGGCGCCGGCUGCAGCGGGACCGGGGCCUCGGGGACAUCCUCUUCGAAGGCUACGACCAGGCCCCCCCGGGCAAGUGGACGCUGACAAAUGAUGGGCACACAGUGAUGCUGAGCCUGGCGAGUGAGUUGGUCUCUGAGCACAUCACCAUCAGCGGCGGGGGCCUCCCCGGCAGGUACCGGGCGCUGCAGCUCCACUUCCACUGGGGCAGCCCAGGUGGGAAUGGCUCCGAGCACACUCUCGACGGGUGCCAGCUCCCCAUGGAGAUGCACGUUGUCCACAUGAACACCAAGUACCAGACGCUGGCAGAGGCCAAGGGGCAUCCCAAUGGGCUGGCUGUCCUUGGCUUCUUCUUCCAGGUCUCCAAAACUCCUAACACCAACUAUAACACCAUCGUGGCGGGGCUGAGGAACAUCUCCCAUGCAGGGGACUCUGUGGAUUUGGCCUCCACUUUCCGCCUGAGCACGCUGCUGCCACGUGCCGGCCGGCUCUCCGGGUACUACCGCUACCAGGGCUCCCUCACCACCCCCGACUGCAGCGAGGUUGUCGUCUGGACCGUCUUUGAGGAGCCAGUAGAGAUCGGUCGGGAGCAGCUGCAGGCCUUCGUCAGCACCCUCCACUUCCCAGCCGUCGGCUCCAUGCUUCCCAAAAUGACCAACAACUUCCGCCCACCGCAGCCCCUCCACAGUCGCAAGGUCUUCGCCUCCCGGGCAGCCACGGCCAGCGGAGGGUCCCCACACAGGGUCCCCCACCAGCUCCUCUCCCCACUGCUCCUCCUGGCCCUGCUCGGCCCCUCCUUGCCAACUCCAUAACGUCUGGGCCAGCUUUUCACCAGCCUCCACACGAGCAUCUCCCCGCUGCACUGGUGAUGCCUCUGGUUCAUGGGUAGACGGGACAAAAGAGCACAAAAAAGCAUGUUGGGACCUUGGCUGGUGAAGAUGUUGCAAACCUGGAUGUCUGCAGAGGUCGAUCUUUGCAAGCCCAGAACUGCCCUGCAAUGCACCUGGAGCCCGGUGGUGGAGCCGCCUGGAGAGGGAUGCUUUAGGGGCUGGAAUAAAGCCAAGGUCCUCGCCGAUGGCUGUGGGUUGCUGCCUCUUUGGCUCUGUGUCUCUUUGGCUCUCUGUCUCUUUGGCAGGGCUGUGCAGGCAGGCAUGAGCCUUCCCCUUUCCUCCUUGUGCAAUAAAUCCCCAUGGCUGAAUCCUGUCCCUGCA